AUGGACGAACGUCAGGAUUAUAUACUACGAUGCUGGUUGGAAGAAGAUGUGGAGGUUGCGAGUGAUAUUGCGCCGAGUGAUACAGAAGAUAAUGAAGAGGAAUGUGUUACAGAGCUAAACCAUGACUCAGAAACAGAGCAAGAAUAUGAAAGUAGCAUAGAAGAGACGGAAGAAAGGAGCACAGAAGAGAGGGUAGAUAUGAAGGCAUGGAAGAAAAUGUGGAGAAUAGUUUUUCAAGCGACGACAAUGUUCCUCUGA